GAAGAACUGGCGAGCCUGGGCCCAUUUCCUAACUCUUCUUCUUUUUGGUCCAACUCUCUAGAUAGGAUAAAGGACGAGAGACGUUAGCAGGGAAGAAGGCGAGGAGGACCUGUUUGUGGCUAUUCCAAAUAUCUCCUCUCAACUCCUUCCAUGAGGAAGCUGUGUCCAAAUUUUGACCGAGAAGAUGGUCUGGACACCGUCCUCGAAGUCCCGAUCCCUGAAGAGAUGUUCGCGUCCGGAGCCAGCUCCCGAAGCCACAAAUCUCUGUGCACCAACAUGAAGGCGUGGAUGCGAUCCGAUCAUUCCCAUGUAGGCCGGACUGCGCCCUCACCUCUCGGCAGAGGAGCCGAGCUCCAGCUCAUGCUCGGUGUCAUCGGCGCGCCUCUCGUCCCGUUCCCCAUCCAAACCCAUAAAUUCGCCCUCAGUCACCACCUCAAGGAGGAUCCGAUGGAAGCAUCAAUGGCAGAGUACAUAAUUCAGCAAUACAUCGCGGCGUCAGGCGGCGAGCAAGCAUUAAACUCGGUGAGUAGUAUGUACGCCAUGGGGAAGGUAAGGAUGACGGCGACGGAAUUCCGAGCAAGCAAUGGCAAUAACACCGGCCAUGCCAACAAGAAGGCGAGCAAGGGUGGUGGUGGAGGGGAGAUGGGAGGGUUCGUGCUGUGGCAGAAGAAGCCGGACUUGUGGUGUCUUGAGCUGGUGGUGGCCGGAUGCAAGAUCAGCGCUGGGAGCGACGGCAAGGUGGCAUGGAGGCAGACACCAUGGCACCAGUCCCACGCCUCCAGGGGACCGCCACGACCCCUUCGCCGAUCCCUUCAGGGCCUUGACCCUAGGUCCACGGCCAACUUGUUCUCCAAUGCUGCCUGUAUUGGCGAGAAGACAAUCAACGGCGAGGACUGUUUCAUUUUAAGGCUCGACGCCGAGGCCGCCGCCCUGCAAGCUCGAAGCAGUAACAGCAUGGAGAUCAUCGGGCACACAGUGUGGGGCUACUUCAGCCAUCGCACCGGGCUGCUCGUCCAAUUAGAAGACUCCCACCUCCUUAGAAUCAAAUCAACGAGCGAAGAAAGUGUCUGCUGGGAGACCACAAUGGAGUCACUCAUGGAAGACUACCGGCCGGUUGACGGCAUCUAUAUCGCGCAUGCUGGUCGAACUACUGUAUCCCUAUGUAGGUUUGGUGACACCAUCGAUGGAUACACAAGGACACGCAUGGAAGAGACGUGGACCAUAGAAGAGGUGGACUUCAACAUAUGGGGCCUGUCCAUGGACUGUUUUUUGCCCCCAGGGGACCUGAAAGAGGAGAAGGAAGGUUGUGAUGCAAUGGUGAAGAACACGCGUCCACCUAUCAGAGCUCAGGCCCCCUUCAAAAUCGGUCCUUCUAAGGUUGCUGCACUCGACCCAUAUGACUUGGAUUCAGUGGAGAAGGAAGAUAGGAAGCCAUGAUUUGUUCACCACAUGUCGUGUAAAUGUCGUGACAAACGUAAAAAAUUUGAAAUGGUGGGUGUGUUAGAAUUCUUCAGGUCAAGAAAUUACUCUAAUUGAGCUCAUAACGCGCCAUAUUCUACCUCUGUAUAGAUAUUGUUAACUCGAUAUAGUUUAGAUUAUGUGUGUAUAUCAGGAUUUCUCUGCGCUCUUGAUGAUUUA